AACUUUUAACAUGAAGAAGAAGAAGAAGAAGAAGAACCUGACUCGUAAACCACUAACCCGUAACUGCGGCGACCUGUGACCAGCUCUGCUCUGACCGUCGACCGUGAUCACAGAUUACCAACCGUGACCGUCUGUGAUGGUGAGGGUCUGAGGAUAUAUUUUGUGGUCUGAGGUGACUAGUGGUCACUGGACUGGUUUUUGUUUGUUUGUGCUCAGAGUUUGUGCUGGUUUAUGCAAUGUCAAAAUCAAAAAUCUUAUGAUUUUGAUGAAGUUAAUAGUGCGUAUGUAUUGUUUGCGAUAAUAAAUUAUACAAUUUUAAAAUUGUAGAAAAAAAAGAUGUCGAAAUCCAAGAUUAAAGAAGAGCAACAGCUCCAACGCUUUAACCUUAUAAAGGAACAACAAGAAGAAUUCAAAGCAGAUAUGAAGAAUUAUAAUGUGUUAUAUGUAUUUUCAUACAAAGACAUAAGGACCAAUAUUAUGAAACAAAUUGUUGAAUAUAAAGAAUGGGAACGUAGCAAGAUUUGGUAUGCAAGGAAUAAAAUGAUUACUGUGCUACUUAAAAAUUUGGCAUUAGCACAUUCGGAGUGGCCUGAUUUAACAAAGCUUGCAAGUACUAUUAAGGGCCAAAUCGGAGUAUUGUUCACAAAUCGUCCCCAAUGGGAAAUUAAAGAGUGGUUUAAUAAAUUUUCAGUAUGGGAUUAUCCCCUACCCGGAUUCGAGGUAGACGUAACAAUAAAAUUGGACAGCGGACCUUUGACACUGUUUCAACCCGAGAUGGUACCAUAUCUGAAGCAAAUGGGUAUGCGUGUAGCUGACGUAGAUGGAAUUGUAUUCUUGAAGAGACCUUUUCUGGUAUGUAGAGCAGGAACUAUAUUAAGUAAAAGACAAGUCAAUUUAUUGCAUCUGUUAGGGGAGAAACUGGCGGUAUUCCAGUUACAUUUAAAAGCUGUUUGGACAAAAGGAGGUGGUUUAGAAAUCCUGAAUGAUGAAGAUGAAUCUGACGGGGAAAGGAUGGAUGCUAAUUACAACUGAAUUAUAGUGUGUGGAAUAUGAAAGAAAUUUGAACAUGCGCAAGUUUUUUUUUAAAGGUAAUAUUGUGGUUUACUGGAUUUUUAUUUUUUGUUCUUAACGUGUAAGCUUUUUUUUCAAA